UGGGAACUAGAAAGGAAGACAUGGAAGAAGGUAAAAGAGAGAGAAGAGGCAGUGUGAGGGGGUUAUGUGAAGAGCUGAAACCAUAUAUCUACUGUAUAUUCUCAAAUUUCUGCUAUGCAGGAUACAACAUAAUCUCCAAGAUCUAUCUUGACAAAGGCAUGAGUCGAUUUGUACUCGUUGCCUAUGGGCACGCCUUUGGAACUAUUGCAACCGCUAUUCUUGCAUUCCUGUUUGAAAGGAAGAACGACAGCAAAAUUAGCAUGCCAAUCUUACGAAAUGUCUUCUUCUUGGGCCUGCUUGGGGCUGUACUAGGGAGGACAAUGUUUUAUGCAGGGCUAGAAUACACUUCACCAGUUUUGGCAUCUGCCAUGGUCAACUUAAUUCCAUCUAUUACCUUUAUCUUAGCAGUCUUCUGCAGCAUGGAGAAGGUAGAGAUUUCUAAGCGUGGUUCUCAAGCAAAGAUAGGAGGAACUCUUGCUGCUUUUGCUGGCGCAACACUUAUGACCCUCUAUAGCGGCACCCUUUUGAUUUCACUGCAUACAAAGAAGCACUUGCAUCAAAAUGUCACCUCAGAACAAUUUUUAAACAAACACUGGUUAAAGGGCUCCUGCAUGCUGGUUAUUUCGGAUAUUGCGCUAUCAGCCUUCUUUAUCUUACAGAUGGUCACAGUGAAAAAGUACCCAGCUCCAAUAACUCUCACAUCAUUAACGUGCUUAUCAGGUGCUAUACUCUCAACAAUCAUGACAGCAAUUUUGGAUCAUAAAGCUUCAUCAUGGAGGUUGUCAUGGAACAUUGCACUUCUCGCUCCAAUUUAUAGUGGAGUAGUGGUAUUUGGAAUCACUGUUUAUAUUCAAACAUUGGUAAUACAGAAAAAGGGUCCAGUUUUCAUGACAGCAUUUGGACCACUGAGCACAAUCAUAGUAGCUUUUAUGGGACUGCUCAUUUUAGGGGAUGCAUUAUACUUGGGAAGUGUUAUGGGAGCUACACUGAUAAUUCUUGGUUUAUACGCAACUCUAUGGGGAAAGGAAAAGGCAGAAAAGCUAUUGGAGCAUACCAUACCUGAAGGCAAUGAAAUCAAAGAAGAUGAAGAGGCAGGAAAAUCACAAGUGAAAGAAAUGCAUCAGUAAGAAGCCAGUCCUUUUGAGUGGCUGAUAUUCGACAAAAAGGAUGAUGCUACAUACUUAAGAGUGGACAUGUUUCCAAGGAGAGAGAGAGAGAGAGAGAGAGAGAGAGAGGAAGGGAGGGAGAAAAAGGUUGAAACAUGUAAGACAAGGGGCUUAAAGUGGCUAACCAGUUUGGGGAUGAUGAUAAGAUGCAUUGGUACCAAAUGUGACUGCAAUAAAAUUUGGCUUUGACUUUCUAGUGAGUACAAA